UCGAUGACGUUAACGGUACCAAACCUGCUCAAGAGUUAUGAAGGCAAACUCUGCAUAGUUUUGAUUAUGAUGACAGAUCUGAUGAUUUUUCAGCUUGAUAUAUGAGGAUAGGUUCCACUGACGUAGGCUUCUGUACGCAUAUCAUUCUGUGUCACCACACGCAGAAGUCUCGUUUUCAACUUUUUUUUUUCUCUCUCUCGAAGGCGUGUAGGCUUGUACGUGCCUUUAUAAACCGCUGAAGCUUGUCACCAGUGCACAUUACCACAAAGGGAGAAAUCGAGUCAGAAGUCCUAAAGAAACCUGCUUUUUUUCAAUUACUGCUUACAGGUGACUGUGAGAUAAAAUGGACAUCAAACCACUUUUUCGGAAACUAGGCAUAGGUGUACGAAUCUUCUUUACAUUUCUUUUUGCCCUCCUAGUACUUGGACUGGUACUAUGGGCUUACAUUGCCCAUGUAAAUCUUUUAGCAUCCCAGUAUGGCAUUAUGGCCUUUGGCUUUUAUGGUCUUCUGCUAUGUUUUCAUCUACUGGUCCAGAGUAUUUUUGCCUUUGUGGAGCACCGGCGGAUGCGUACCCGAAAAGAAGCUUGUUCCUACUCCAAGACUGUUGGUUUUACCAUCUCAGCUUACCAGGAAGACCCAAAGUACCUUCGGGACUGCUUAGAAUCAGUUAAGGCACUGUGUUAUCCACCUGAGUUGCUCCGGAUUGUCAUGGUGGUGGAUGGUAAUACAGAAGAAGACCGCUACAUGAUGGAGAUGUUCCAGGAAAUUUUUGCAGAUCAGGAUCCCAGCUGCUAUGUGUGGCAGAACAAUUACCACACACACCCAGCUGGGAUGGAUCCCCAGGAAGAUACCCAGCGCAGGAAGGUGGAAGAGAUUAUAAGAACCAAGCGAUGUGUUUGUAUUAUGCAAAAGUGGGGAGGAAAGAGAGAAGUGAUGUACACAGCAUUCAAGGCACUGGGAUCUUCAGUGGACUACAUACAGGUGUGCGAUUCAGACACAAAGCUGGAUCCCCUGGCAACAGUAGAACUGGUCAAGGUGCUUGAGAGUAACGCAAGAUAUGGUGCUGUGGGUGGCGAUGUGAUGAUCCUUAACCUGAAAGACUCAUACAUCAGCUUCAUGAGCAGUCUGCGAUACUGGAUGGCUUUUAAUGUUGAGAGAGCAUGCCAGUCAUUUUUUGACUGCGUCUCUUGCAUUAGUGGCCCCUUAGGGCUGUAUAGGAAUGACCUACUGCAACAGUUUUUGGAAGCUUGGUACAACCAAACAUUUCUUGGCAGACACUGCACUUUUGGAGAUGAUCGUCAUCUUACGAAUCGCAUGCUGAGCAUGGGCUAUGCUACCAAGUACACAGCUCGCUCAAAGUGCUAUACAGAGACACCGUCCCAGUUCCUCCGUUGGUUGAACCAGCAGAUGCGGUGGACCAAGUCAUAUUUUCGUGAGUGGCUCUACAAUGCUAUGUGGUGGCACAAGCAUAACCUUUGGAUGACCUAUGAGUCCAUUGUGGCUGGAAUCUUCCCCUUCUUUGUAACAGCCACCAUGAUCCGACUGUUCUGGAUGGGUACGCUUUGGAAUAUCCUGUGGGUCCUUUGCUGCAUUCAACUGAUUGGGCUGAUUAAGGCAGCCUAUGCCUGCAUCUUGCGACAAAACUUUGUGAUGAUGUUCAUGUCUCUCUAUUCUGCCCUGUACAUGACAAGUCUGCUGCCCACUAAGUAUUUUGCUAUGAUUACCAUAAAUAAGAGCAGUUGGGGCACUUCUGGCCGCCGUAAGCUAGUGGGAAAUUACAUGCCUCUCCUUCCCCUGUCAAUAUGGGCAGCCAUCCUGCUGAGUGGUUUAAGCUACACAAUCUAUAGGGAAAGCAAGCAGGACUGGAACUCAGCUGCAAAAAAAGAGGAGAUCAAAUAUUUGAUCUAUGGUGCUGUGGCAUAUGUCAGUUACUGGUUUAUAAUGGUCUUCGUAUACUGGAUGUGGGUUCGUAGACUGUGCCGAAAACGUUCUCAGGGUUACAAUGUGAAUGUGUAGUAUAAUUUUCAUGUGCCUGCUUUAUUUAUUUAUUUAUGUAUGUAUUUAUUUAUUUAUUUAUUCAUAGUUUGUUUGUUUGUUUGUUCACUUGUGUGCACAAUGUUUAUUUAUGUUUUUGUUGAUUUGUUAUGCUUUUUAUGGACUGUUUAUAACAUAUUAAUAUAAUUUGUAAAGCAUCUUGCAAUAUGAAAAAAUUCCAGUGUUAUAGAAUUUACUCUGUGUUAUACAAACUGUGUGAAAGAUCAAAUUACUUUGUGUUUGAAAUGUUGACUGAAACAUUAUUUAUAUUAGUGCACUGUGGCACCUAUUUACUAUUUCAAAUAUGUACCCUUGUCCUUUAACAAUCUAGUUAUGCUGAUAAGAGUUGUAAUGUACUUGAGGCAAACUGUAGUCAGUAGAUUCUGUUUAGCAAUGCAAAAUUUUCAUUAAAUUUUUAUUUCUUUCA